UUAGCCGUUUCCAUGGCUACGAAGCCCAUCGGCUGGGGAUAGGAGAACAAGAAAAUGAAGCUCAAGAGUUUCCUGCUCCGGUAUUAUCCGCCAGGUGAGGACUUGUUCACCUUUAAAGAAUAAGUGACACCCAUUGAUCACCCAGCUUGUUAGGGACAGAAAUAGAAGUGGAAUUCUUGGGUUCUAAUUCGGAACUCAUUUUCUAAAUUAGAAACAUCUGCAAACAAACAAACAACCAAACAAAAAAAUCUGCAACACAUGCCACAAGGCAGAAGAUAACCAAAUACACUUGCCCAAUGAAGUUUGGAUAGAAGUGUCAUAAAGAUUUCAAAGGAGGGAAUUAUGUUGGAAUAUGAAAAACAUGGAGAAUUAAAGACGAAGUCGAUAGAUUUGCUUGAUCUUGGUCCCAGUACUGAUGUCAGUGCUUUAGUAGAAGAAAUCCAGAAGGCAGAACCUCUAAUCACAGCUUCACGGACAGAGCAAGUCAAACUUUUGAUACAGAGGUUACAAGAGAAACUUGGCCAGCACAGCAAUCACACAUUCUAUCUUUUUAAGGUUCUCAAAGCACAUAUAUUGCCACUGACUAAUGUUGCACUUAACAAAUCCGGCUCAUGUGACAAAAUUGCCACUGGGUCCUUUGAUAAAACUUGCAAACUCUGGAGUGUAGAAACAGGAAAAUGUUACCAUACCUUCAGGGGUCAUACAGCAGAAAUAGUGUGUUUAUCAUUUAACCCUCAAAGCACGUUGGUGGCGACUGGAAGUAUGGACACAACAGUCAAAUUGUGGAACAUUCAGAAUGGCGAGGAAGUUUGCACCUUAAGAGGACAUUCCGCCGAAAUCAUCUCGUUGUCAUUUAACACCUCAGGAGACAGAAUCAUCACGGGGUCUUUUGAUCAUACAGUUGUAGUGUGGGACGCUGAUACUGGAAGGAAGGUAAAUAUCUUAAUUGGUCAUUGUGCUGAGAUUAGCAGUGCCUUAUUCAACUGGGAUUGCUCUCUAAUAUUAACUGGCUCUAUGGACAAAACCUGCAUGCUGUGGGAUGCUACAAAUGGCAAAUGUGUGGCAACCUUAACAGGCCAUGACGAUGAAAUACUAGACAGCUGCUUUGAUUAUACUGGAAAGCUUAUUGCAACUGCUUCAGCCGAUGGAACAGCAAGAAUUUUCAGUGCUGCCACAAGAAAAUGCAUUGCCAAACUGGAAGGCCAUGAAGGUGAAAUUUCAAAGAUUUCUUUCAACCCUCAAGGGAACCGUCUUCUAACUGGCAGCUCUGACAAAACGGCUAGAAUCUGGGAUGCUCAGACUGGCCAGUGCCUCCAGGUUCUUGAGGGGCACACUGAUGAAAUCUUUUCAUGUACUUUCAACUAUAAAGGCAACAUAGUCAUUACAGGCAGCAAGGAUAAUACCUGUAGGAUAUGGCGUUGACUGAAGGAAGCUGGUCAGUGAGCAACCUUGCUAGCAAUGGUAAUCCAGAACUGGAACUUCACAGACAGCGGCUCCUUUAAUAUUUCUUACACUUUCUCUUUUUCUACUAGUCAACUAUUUAUACAACUGUCCUUUAUUUCACGGAUAUGACCAUUAAACAUGACAAAGUUA